AUUAAUAUGACUUAACCCCAUUCAUAUGCAAGUUCUUAUGUAACAUGUUCCAAACGUAAUUUAUUGAGACUCGGCAGCCAUGUCUGACGUUGUACCUUAAAUUAUUAUUGUUGUUUAUUCAUGGCGGCCAAUGGUAAUGCCCAUGCCAUUGACCUCAACAUGACCAAUGUUCGUUUCUUUUCUGUUUAUUUCUUCUACAUAUCUCUGCAAAUUCUUCCCUCAACCGAACAAAUCCCCUCUCAAUUCUUCACUACUUGACCACAAUGUUUCUUUCUUUUCUUUUUAUUUCUUCAUUACUUCUUGCAAUCACCACCGUUUGGGCGGCGGCUCCGGCUGGUUUGCAGAGUCUAACUCCCGGAAACUCCAUAGCCGUCGAGGUCGAGAAUCAGUUCCUAAUUUCCCCAAAUGGAACUUUUUCAUCUGGGUUUUAUCCUGUGGGCAACAAUUCUUAUUGCUAUUCAAUUUGGUAUACAAAUAGCUUUGAAAAAACCGUCGUUUGGAUGGCAAACAGAGACAAACCGGUUAACGGCGAGAAAUCUAGACUGACUCUCAAUGUCGACUCCAAUUUGGUUUUAACCGAUGCAGAUGGCACUGUCGUUUGGUCCACCGACACAGUUUCUGAUGGUGAAAUUCAGCUGCGACUUCUCGAAACUGGAAAUCUCGUAGUAAUGAAUCAAUCCCAAAAUUUCAUUUGGCAGAGCUUUGAUUUCCCCACCGAUACUCUGCUUCCAGAACAGAGGUUUCUCAAGACAUCAACUUUAAUCUCAAUGCAAAACCGAGGUAUAUAUUUAUCAGGCUUUUACUACUUCAAAUUCAACGACUACAAUGUAUUGAAUCUCUUAUACAAUAGCCCCUCACUUUCUGGAAUCUAUUGGCCCGAUACCAUGGUAACGGUUUUUGUUAAUGGUCGAUCUCCAUAUAACAGCUCCAGAAUUGCAAUUUUAAACGAAAUGGGAGGAUUUGAAUCAAGUGACAAGUUGCAAUUCAAUGCCACGGAUUAUGGGUUGGGUCCAAAGAGGAGAUUGACGGUUGAUUUUGAUGGGGUUUUGAGAUUAUAUAGCUUGAAUGAAUUAACUGGCAACUGGACAGUCACGUGGAUUCCUUCAGGUGCGCGCAUAGAUCCUUGUAUGGUUCAUGGGUUAUGUGGGGAUUAUGGUAUUUGCGAAUAUGAUCCAUUACCGGCUUGUAUUUGUCCUCCCGGUUUCAUUAGAAAUGAUCCUUCAGAUUGGACUAAAGGGUGUAAACCACUUGUGAAUUUGACUUGUAAUUGGUCUAAUUCUUCCAAAGAAAUGGAUUUCAUUACCCUUCCUAAUACGGAUUACUUCGGUCAUGAUUGGGGUUAUAUAGAUAAAGUCUCCAUUGAAACGUGUAGGAAUUGGUGUCUUAGUAGCUGUGAGUGCACUGGAUUUGGAUAUGCACUCGAUGGUUCAGGACAAUGUUAUCCCAAAAUGGCUCUUCGUAAUGGGUAUCGAAAACCCGGAACGGCUGUGAUUAUGUUUAUUAAGGCCACGAAAGACGAGUACUCAUCGUCAUUGGCGCUACAACAUUCAACAAAUGAUUUGAAUUGCUCUGUUUCACAGAUUGUUUUAGGGACAGAUCAUGUGUAUGCAGAGAAGAGUAAUAAGUUUCGAUCUAUGGGGUUGUUAAUUGGAGUGGUGGCUGCAAUUGGGAUUAGUGAACUCAUUUUUGUUGCUUUUGGGUGGUGGAAUGUCUUUCGUAAGCGAGUAAAUGAAGAAUUGGUUAAUAUGGGUUACAUUGUAUUAGCCAUGGGGUUCAAAAGAUUCUCAUAUGCUGAAUUGAAAAGAGCCACAAAAAAUUUCAAGCAAGAGAUUGGGAAAGGAGGAUUUGGAACUGUUUACAAAGGAGAAUUGGAUGAUGGAAGAGUUGUGGCAGUGAAGAGAUUGGAUGGUGUUUUACAAGGAGAUGCAGAGUUUUGGGCUGAAGUUAGUAUCAUUGGAAAGAUUAAUCACAAAAACUUAGUGAAAUUAUGGGGUUUUUGCGCUGAGAAACAACAUAAAAUGCUGGUUUAUGAGUAUGUAAAGAAUGGGUCUUUGGACAAACAUCUUUUCUCUGAUUCAUCUCAAGUGUUGGGGUUGGAACAGAGAUAUGAGAUUGCUGUUGGAACGGCAAAGGGGUUGUCUUAUUUACAUGAAGAAUGUCUUGAGUGGGUUCUUCACUGUGAUGUCAAGCCUCAAAACAUACUUCUUGAUGAAUCCUUAGAGCCAAAAGUUGCUGAUUUUGGAAUGUCGAAGCUUUGUCGAGAGAUCAAUGAAAGUGGAUUCUCAAAGGUGAGAGGGACCAGAGGAUAUUUAGCUCCAGAAUGGAUGAUGAAUCUUAAAAUUGAUGCAAAAGCAGAUAUUUACAGUUAUGGGAUUGUUUUAUUGGAACUUCUGAGUGGAAAGAAUGCAUAUGAUUUUGAAUGGUCUACUAUUUCUAAAGAUGGUGGAAGGAAUACAGAUAUGGUGAAAUGGGUAAUGGAAAUUGUAGAGAAAGGUGAAAUUGAGAGAGUGAUGGAUCCAAGAUUGAAGGUGGAAAACAAUCAAAAUAAGAAGAUUGAAAUAUUGUUGAAAGUAGCUUUGUUAUGUGUGAAGGAAGAUCGAAAUAUGAGGCCUGCAAUGAGUAGAGUUGUUGAACUUCUUACUGGCUAUGAAGAACAAAGCCCACAUAGAGAUGAUUUUUAUCCAAAAAAUUAUUAGAAAAGCAUUUGACAGUUGUAAUUUGUAGAACUUUCUGUUAAAAAAAGAUAUAGCUAUGAAUUUCUGUAAAGAAGUAAAUGUCAAUUAUCGUUGAUGUACGUUUAUGUUGAUUUCUACUACAUAACUCUUAUUUCUUUUCCCUUUUUGAUAAUGAAUAUGUAAAUUAAGGAUGGGGAUGGAUUGAU